AUGCUGAUUGAAAGCUCGGAGGCAUUUCCUCCAUGGAGAGUUGCAUGGACCGUCGCGACAAUUCUCUCCAUUUCGAUUGUGACAAGAAGCGUGUACCGACUGUUUUUCCAUCCUCUUAGCAAAUUUCCAGGUCCAAAACUGACAGCGAUCACCCAUCUUUAUGAGUUUUAUUAUGAUGGCAUCCAAGGUGGACAAUUCAUGUGGGAAAUCAUUCGAAUGCACCAAAAGUACGGCCCCAUCGUGCGAAUCAACCCUCGUGAAAUCCACAUCAUGGACCCCUACUUCUUCCAUCAGAUCUAUCACACUGGAGUGCAGAAUAGAGACCCAUAUAUGGUGAACAUUUCGACAGCACCUCAGUCGACCUUUUCGACGGCGGAAUACAAGCUUCAUAGACCCCGCCGCGGUAUAUUAAAUCCCUUUUUCUCGAGACAGUCGGUUUUCAAGGUCGAGAAUAUCGUGCAUGAAAAGGUUGAAAAAGUGAUCAGAUUCCUUGAAACCGCCCAUCGAGACUCUUCAGCUGUGUUCCUGGACGAUGUGUUCGCGGCCUUGACCGCGGACAUUAUUUCAGACUACGUCUACGGAAAAAGCCUUGAUAUCCUUGAUGAUAAAGAGCUUCGCAAUCCCAUGCGUGCAGCUUUGACGGGGGGCGUAUCUCUUUGCCAUUUGCUUCGUUUCUUUCCUAUACUCAUAAAGCUGCUCGACCCGAUCCCCUCGGUGAUACAACUGCUCAAACCAAUCACCAAAGGUCUGUUUGACAUGAAGAGAGACGUGGAAAUACAGAGCAAAGCGGCAAUCCACAAGAGUAUCCACUCCCCGACUACCAAUCCACCAAGAACUAUAUACGAAGCCAUGACUGAUGCGUCUGUCACGCCCGAGGAAAAGACAAUGGAGCGACUACGGGACGAUGGUUUGAUAAUGCUUGCUGCAGGAACGGAGACUACAGCUCGGGUGCUGACCAUGGGUGCAUUUUACAUAUACCGAGACGAGGUUGUGUUACGAGCACUACGAGAGGAGCUAGUUGGAGCAAUGCCAACCCCUGACACAAAGCUUUCUUGGACUCAGCUUGAGAAACUGCCUUACCUGUCCGCCGUCGUCAAGGAAUCACUUCGUCUCAGUGGGAGUAUUACAAUCCGACAGCCAAGAAUAUUUCCAACAAAGCCCCUCGUCUACGAGGAUUAUACGAUCCCACCCGGAACUCCGGUCAGCCAGUCGAUUCACCUCGUCCAUAUGAAUCCCACUGUCUUCCCAAAUCCCGAGAAAUUUGAUCCCACAAGAUGGCUGAAGUCUCCAGAAGACGGAAAUCGGCUGGAUAGAUUUUUAGUCUCGUUCUCGGGAGGGUCCAUGAACUGUCUAGGGACUAAUUUGGCCUAUUGUGAAUUGUAUCAUAUGUUUGCAAAAUUGGUUCGGCGCUUUGAUCUGAAGCACGUUACUGAGUUGGAAGAUGUCAAGAUUACAAGGGACUUUAUCAUCGGGUUGCCAGAUGAAGAUGAGCUGAAGGUGGAAAGCCAUGUUUCUAAUAUUAUUCAGUAG